AGCGAGCAGGGACGGACGGCGGUGCGCGGGCAAGCGGGCUGACCUAGGCACUGAGCGCGCGGCUCAGGGGACCCAGGCCCCGCCACCUUCCCUGAGCCCCCGGGCUCUAUUCUCACUUUCGAACUGUAGAAGGACGAGCAGCGGGAGCUAUGCAGUCAGAAUCGGGGAUUGUGCCGGAUUUCGAAGUCGGGGAGGAGUUUCACGAAGAGCCCAAAACCUAUUACGAACUCAAAAGUCAGCCCCUGAAGAGCAGUUCGGCGGAGCAUCCGGGGGCCGCCAAGCCUCCGAUAAGCUCCUCCAGUAUGACGUCACGCAUCUUGCUACGCCAGCAACUCAUGCGUGAGCAGAUGCAGGAGCAGGAACGAAGGGAGCAGCAGCAGAAGCUGCAGGCGGCCCAGUUCAUGCAACAGAGAGUGCCCGUGAGCCAGACCCCAGCCAUAAACGUCAGCGUGCCCACCACCCUACCCUCUGCCACCCAGGUGCCAAUGGAAGUCCUUAAGGUGCAGACCCACCUCGAAAACCCCACCAAGUACCACAUACAGCAAGCCCAAAGGCAGCAGGUAAAGCAGUACCUUUCUACCACUUUAGCAAAUAAACAUGCCAACCAAGUCCUGAGCUUGCCAUGUCCAAACCAGCCUGGCGAUCAUGUCAUGCCACCUGUGCCCGGGAGCAGCGCACCCAACAGCCCCAUGGCUAUGCUUACACUUAACUCCAACUGUGAAAAAGAGGGAUUUUAUAAGUUUGAAGAACAAAACAGGGCGGAGAGCGAGUGCCCCAGUAUGAACACGCAUUCACGAGCGUCGUGUAUGCAGAUGGAUGAUGUAAUUGAUGACAUCAUUAGCCUAGAAUCAAGUUAUAAUGAAGAAAUCCUGGGCUUGAUGGAUCCUGCCUUGCAAAUGGCAAAUACGUUACCUGUCUCCGGUAACUUGAUUGACCUGUACAGCAACCAAGGCCUCCCACCCCCAGGCCUGACCAUCAGCAACUCCUGUCCAGCCAACCUUCCCAACAUAAAAAGGGAACUCACAGCGUGUAUUUUUCCCACAGAGUCUGAAGCAAGAGCUUUGGCUAAAGAGAGGCAAAAAAAGGACAAUCACAACUUGAUUGAACGCAGAAGAAGAUUUAACAUAAAUGACCGCAUUAAAGAACUAGGUACUUUGAUUCCCAAGUCAAAUGAUCCAGACAUGCGCUGGAACAAGGGAACCAUUUUAAAAGCAUCUGUGGACUAUAUCCGAAAGUUGCAACGAGAACAACAACGUGCAAAGGAACUUGAAAACCGACAGAAGAAACUGGAGCAUGCCAACCGGCAUUUGUUGCUCAGGAUACAGGAACUUGAAAUGCAGGCUCGUGCUCAUGGACUUUCUCUUAUUCCGUCCACGGGUCUGUGCUCUCCAGAUUUGGUGAAUCGUGUUAUCAAGCAAGAACCCGUUCUGGAAAACUGCAACCAAGACCUCCUUCAGCAUCAUGCCGACCUGACUUGCACAACAACUCUCGAUCUCACAGAUGGUACCAUCACCUUCAACAGCAGCCUCGGAACUGGGCCUGAGAGCAACCAAGCCUAUAGCGUCCCCUCCAAAAUGGGAUCCAAACUGGAAGACAUCCUGAUGGAUGAUACUCUUUCUCCCGUUGGCAUAACUGAUCCGCUUCUUUCCUCAGUGUCCCCGGGGGCUUCCAAGACAAGCAGCAGGAGGAGCAGCAUGAGCAUGGAGGAAACGGAGCAUGCUUGUUAGCAAACCACCCCUCCCAUCCACCUCCUCACAGACUGCUUCCUUUCUUGAUUAGUAGAUUUAAUAAUUUACCUGAAGGGGUUUUCUUGAUAAUUUUCCUUUAAUAUGAAAUUUUUUUCAUGCUUUAUCAAUAGCCCAGGAUAUAUUUUAUUUUUAGAAUUUUGUGAAACAGACUUGUAUAUUCUAUUUUACAACUACAGAUGCCUCCAAAGCAUUGUACAGUAAGUGUACAGUAUUGGUGAACUGAAUUCACCACGGACUUUAGCUUUCUGAGCAAGAGGAUUUUGCAUCAGGGAGAGUCUGUCCAUUUUUAUUCAGGGGAAACUUAGUUUGAGGUUUUAUGCCUUUGACUUCCUUGGAAAUUAAAUGUAAAGUUUAAUCAAAACAAUGUAAAGCAGCCCCCCUCCCCCCAAAAAAAGGAAGAGAGAGGGAGAGAAAAAAGAGAAAAGAAGAAAGAAAACCCCACACUAACCCUUUUUCAUUUUGUAAAUGUAUUGAUUCCUUGGUACUGCCUUAAAAAUACAGUACCCUUCUAGCAUUGUUUAGUCUUUAUCCUGCAAACUAUUUAAAGAAAUAUUAUAUUCUGUAAAAGGCGAAAAAAAAAACCCCAAAAAAAAACUCGCAGCCAUUUUCAUGAGGAUUGUCUGGUUAGAAAACGUAAUUGAAAUUGUUCCUUAGGUGCAGCUGAUUCUGAAGAGAGGCAGAACUAGGCUCAGAAGUAGGGACUCUAGUCUUAACUCUCUUUUUAUAUGUACUCUGUUAAAGUUUUCUUCAUCAAUGAGUGUGAUUCCAUUUUUCAUCAAAUAUAUUUUAUUUUGAAAUGGAAAUCAAUGUCCUCUCAAAGUAAAAUAUUGAGGAGCACUGAAAGUUUGUUUUACUUUUAUUUUUUAGUUUUUAUUUUCACUUUUGAUAUGACAACCAAACUGGGCACAUUUCUAAUUGGCUUUACUAUUUUUAUUUUUAAAUUAUGUUUUACUGCGUUUUUGAUUUGUACAGAUUCUUUAUUAUCAUUGUUCUUUUCAAUAUGUUUGUAUUAAUUUGUAAGAAUAUACAUCUUAAAAUUGCAAGUUUUCAAUAUUUUUUACAAUUUACUGGUGGUUUUCUGCAUUCUUUGUAGACACAUGAAAGAAAACUUAUGCAAGGUCUUGUGUUUAAAGAGAGCUUUGCAAAUAUUUUGUAUAUUGCAGUCUCACUGAGAACCGUUUUUCAGCACAUUUAAGGUGUAGUAUUAAUAGGUUAAAACCAGGCUUUCUAGUGAAAAUAAACUUACAUAUUUAUUUUUAGUGAUAUAAACAUAGCAAUAUUCUUGGAAACUGAUAACUAUAGCGUUAAUAUGCCCAUUAUGGUCAUUUAAAUUGGGAUUUAUUUCAGCAAAUUUGCUGAAUUUUUUUUUAAGAGAGAAAUACUGUAUUGGCAAAUUACUGUUACUUGAUAACACUGUUUUAACAAGCAGCAAUGUUGUAAAGUUAGUGUCAGUGCAUUAUCUACUUGUGUAGUCCUAUGCAAUAAUAGUAGUGUUACAUGUAUUCUAUCAGGCCUAGAUGUUUUCUACAGAUGGCAUAUGGUGUUACGAGCCAGGCUGUUGAAAGGAAUUUCUUAGCAGCCUACAAUUGAAUAGCAAGUGGUAUAAAGCAUAUCCAUUCAGAAUGAAGUGCCUUAAAUAUAGCCAUAGUCUUUUUUUGGACUAGCACUGACUGAUCUGUAAUGUUGGAGAAAGUUUCAAGAUGGUUAUCUAUAGUCAAGAGGAACAUUUAGCAUGGUGCCUAUCUAGAUGAUAUAAGAGCUUCCAAUUUUCCUUCAGAUAUUUUUAAUAUUAAAUAUAUUUUAGUGACAGAGUGCCAACUUCUUUCAUCAGGAAACCUUAUUCAGGAGGGUUUGAAAAAAUGUAUUUAAAUGUCAAAUGUGAAUUGCUGAUGGCUGAUGGAGGGUUCAGAGAGAAGGAGUGAGUGCCAGAUGUAUGAAUGGAUGGCUUACAGGAAAAUAAUAAGAAUCCUUAGAAACAUUGAUGAUGCUAUCAGUUCUAUAGCUUUAUUACUUAAGGGGGUAGGGAAAAUAAUUUCCCAUUCUUUCAACCCCUUAAUUGUAUAGUUCUUUUACUAGAAUAGUGAUGCAAAUCUGCAUGAACAGCUAAUUGUACCAUAGUGUUUAUUGAUACAAUCAUAGCAUUGUCUAUUUUUCUCUUCAUAUUUAUACGGUGGGGGAGUGGAGCUGGGGGCAAAGGUCGAAAAUUGCAGUGCUUUGACGCUAGUUUUCCUUAGCUGAUUUUGAGAGUUUUUAAAAAUUGAGCAAGGUUGACUAACUCAUGGCUUGGGCCAUAUGGCCAGGGUUAAGCAACCUACAGAAAGAAAGCUUUAUGUGGAGAAAGUGUGGCAUCUUGUACCACUGCCCUGGCUCUCGCAACUCCUGAGCUCACCCUCCCCUGCUUCCCUGCCCCCUUGUUCUUCAAAGACAAUUUCUCGGAGUGGCAGGUGAGCAAGCCCAGGAGAAUGCUGCAACUUCGGGGGUGGUUUUAUUUAUUUAUUUUUUGCCAAAUAGAGUGGAAUUGUUUUAGGGCCUAGUGAAGCCAAGAGGUGGUGGUUUGGGCUCGUCAUUUUUAAGAAAAGAGUGAUCCACACCACUCCCCCCAUCUCUAGGGCGCAGAACUCUGACUUGGGGUUGGGCCUCUAUAUGGAGUGACCAAAAUGCCAAAAUUGUCCACCCACUUUUGGGUAACGCAGUGGAGAUACCAAACCUUCUGACUUUGCCAAAAAACAUACAACCAACUUGGUCAUACAAUAGGGUGAAAAAGUUCUUUCUGGUUGUUUUUAAACAAUAAAGCAAUAAGAACAAGUAAAAUAUAUAGGGAGUUAAAAGAUAUAAAGCACAAAGGAAUGCACUUAUUAAUAUUUUUGAAAAAUGCACUGGGGAAAGUUGAUAUUGAUAAUAGUAUUAAAAAAAAACCCUAUUUCUUGAAAAAAUGACAAAUGACUGUCUCUUGCAGACACUUGGUACUGUAAUGUUAAUAGUCUUCUGCUGUUGGAUGCAGCAAUAAUUUCUGUAUGGUCCAUAGCACUGUAUAUUAUGGAUCGAUAUUAAUGUAUCCAAUGACAUAAUUGAAGUGUUGCUCUUGAUAGCCUCAUUAAAGCAUUUGGUUUUUCACAUA